AAGCAACAGAUGUAUCAGUAUCCACCAUUGAAACAUACAUCAUAUAAAUACUGGAGAAAAAAAACAUCAUUUCCUCAUCAUCUAACAUUGACCAGUUGAGUAUGAACGAAGAGUGACGUCCCAGCAGACGGUGAAUUAAAAUCAUAGCGAACCGAAAUAAAUCCUCAUAUGCGGGUGUGCGGAAUAGUGGGGACAUAUGGUAGCAGUUUAAUGACACCUAAUGCACUCAUAUAAAUCGCCGGUAUGGAUGGCGGAGAAGCAAGAGGGAGGAGUCGGUGAAGAGUCGCAUUUUCGAAGAACGAAACUCAGAGUACUCGCUCGUGCGACGUCGAGACGAAGGCGAGACGUGGGAGGGCGAUAGUCUCAGUGGUGGUCGGUUUAUUGAUUGAAUGUGAAACCGCGCGUCAACCGCGCAAGCUCGCCGUCCGCCCUGAAUGAAGUGACGUGCUUUCUCGCAUAUGGAGACGCGAAUAGAGUGACGAUAGGAUCGUCGUACAUCUCGUGUGGACAGUCCUCGGUAGUCGAGCAGCAGCGACGACGACUAUUACGAGAGGAUGCUCCUUCGGCGGGGCUGCACUUGGCUAACGCUGAUGCCGCUCCUGCUGAGCUUGUCCAUCGGCGAGCUCAGCUUUUAUAGGGAUGCGCUCCCGGAAACGUCGAAGGACAUCGCGCUGAAACGCUUGGCCCGUUAUCUGGAAGCGCACCGUCUUCAGCAGCGUCUUCAUCGCUCGCAUCUGGCCACAUUCCUGUCGCCUAUGUACAAGAAACACAGCAAUUUUCAGCAGCUGAACCAUGAGGACGAACGCAGAAUCGUCGAGUUCCUAGCCAAUAGAAAGGCCGCCGAGGACAGCCUGAAUCAAAAAUUGAAAGCGUGGUUGGAACGUCAAUAUCAUUCAUUCAAAAAUCAAGAUUCGAAUGUCAAUCAGAUCACGAGUCAGGAUUCGGAAUUUUUCGAUAAUCUGGAUAACAAGUAUUCGGAUUAUCCCGAGGGGAAACAGCCGGACGAGACGAACAAUGAUUAUUUCUCCAAGGAUCUUGAAUAUGGGCGAACCUUCGAUGUGGAUAGAGGGGGAACGAUGGAGAAACCUGUCGUAAAUACUUUCCACAAGUAUAUAAAUCACAAUCCCGCGGGCAUCUUCUUACAUCAUGAGGGUGGGAGAGAAACAACACGACCGGCAUCGCCGGCGGCAGAGGCAAUUGAGCCGGAAUUUACGUAUAGUUUUGACAACCCGAAUCUCGAGGAGAACCAUCCUUUUGCGGUGGCACCAAACGAUCUCAGAUACUACGACGCACCAUUCUCGUCGGACAAUCGGCAAGACGUAUCAGGAACGAAUUGGCAAGAGAAAGAAGCGGCGAAUAAGGAGUCAAUAUUGAUAAAACACGAAGACAACAUGCGAAACAUCAACCAGAAGACACCGAAGGAAUUGGUCGUACUUGGCGCGUCGAAACCGGACGGAUCUGACGGAUCUGAAUUUCAUCCAUUGAUAGUGCCCAUAAAUCACGACUUAAAUAAUGAUAUCUAUUUCAUCGCCAUAGUCGCCGGUUGCAGCGCAGCAGCGAUGUUCGCUUUGGUAUUGAUCAGUUUAACAUGGUGCAGACUACAACGUGGUGCGAAAGCUGCAGCGGACAUAGAGUAUCCUGCUUAUGGCGUAACAGGACCGAACAAGGAUGUGUCGCCUUCCGGUGACCAGAGGCUCGCUCAGUCUGCUCAGAUGUACCAUUUCCAACAUCAGAAGCAACAAAUUAUCGCCAUGGAAAAUCGCACUUCUGCAACGAGGGAUCCGGGUUCUCUCUCAGAAGCAGAGAGUGACGAGGAAAACGAGGAAGGUGACUACACCGUUUAUGAGUGUCCGGGACUUGCUUCUACGGGCGAGAUGGAGGUGAAAAAUCCGAUGUUCCACGACGAUCCUACCCCGGCAACGCCGGCGGCGCAAAGCAACAACAAAGAAGAGGACCACAUAUAGUUUCAGUAAAGUAGAGAAGGAGAGAGAAUCAACCAUGUGCGCGCGUAAUUCGAAGAAAUCUUCCCUGGUGCUUAGCUCACUGUUAACGUACCAUAUCGGAAAUGUUUAUCUAUUAUAUUUGAGUGUAUACACAACUUUAAUAUUUAUAUACGACGCGAAAGGCAGUGUUUUACAGAAAGGGGAGGGGAAAUCGAUAUUUAGAAUGAUUGAUGUUUUACUCUUCGUUCCGGAAAUAAGACAACUCUUAUGAGCGUCUACAUUGAUAUGGAAAAUCAGAGCACGGUAAACAUACAAGUCGAUAAGUAUGCAUCAGCGAUUUUAUGUGAAUGGAUUUUUGUUAGCAUCUGUUGUUUGUGGCCUUUCGAUCGAUUUAAUUUUACGAAACGUCGAUGCUUUUCUAAAGAAAUUUAAUCCUAAAAAUUAUUAAUUUUUUCCGAAAGAUACAGUUUUAGCUGAUAAAAUUCCACAAACAUUAUAUAAAAAAACAGUUUGCACCAUUUUCUUCCUGCGCGAAACGCGAUACGUUGAUUCUUCUAGCAUCAAAACAUUAAAUUGUCGACUGCACUUAUGAGUUAAGGUAACGAAAUUUUUGAAAAGAAAGACGACGAAUUAAUCAACGUGUAAAAUCGCUCGUUUGUUCGAGGACACCCAACUAUUUUCUAAUGUUGUGACGUACUAUAGUUUGUACUUUCAUAGCAGGAACAUAAUUACCGUACGGUUAUCGUAUUAUUUUUCUAUGACUCGUUAUCCGCCGCUGCGCAGUUCGGUUAUCCGAUAGUCAUUUUGGUGGAUGUUUGACAGAAUACGUCUAUUAAAUACGUGUGUUGCACGCCGCAAUGGUAUACCAAAAUCUAUUCUUUGAGAUAUUUAUAUACUCCUUUAAAAGUAAAGAAAGAAGAAACCAAUAACUGCUUUAAUUUGAAACGCUAUUCGAAUUUGUUUUGUAACCGAAAUAUAUAUAUAUGGAAAGUUAUACGGUAAUAUUGUACAAAAUUAUAUAAUUGAUUAUAAAUCUCAGAAAAAUUUGAAACACACACAUAUACUUUCAUAUACAUUUUUUUAGAAUAUACAUACAUUAAUAUCAUAUUAAAUGACAUUUCACAAAGUAUAUUUGUUUUAAUAUACAUAGAUAGAACACGAUCGGAUGAUUUUUAUUGAAAUGUGGAAAUAUCUUCUUUCGAAAAAUAGCAACAAAAUGUCAAGAAGUUACACAUUACAAAUGUCAAGAAGUCAGAAAGUUAUGAAGGGGCUUCAACUUUAUUAAUGUGUUAUUAAUUCUAGAUAUAUAUAUUCAUAAGACACAAAGUUAACGAGUUUCUCGCAAACUAUUUUGCGUGAUAAUAUUUUAUCAAGAUAUAUUUAUCAUAAAAAAAUAUAUAUUUCGAUCUAAUCGAUCUUUCGAAAAAAAUUAAAAUAUUUGAGUUUAUGCUCUUUUUUUAUUAUAUUUAUAUUUUAUUAUUAUAUUUUAUUAUAUUUUUAUUAUAUUUUUUUAUUAUAUUUAAGUACGGAAUUGUUGACAAUGUGUUUUAAAUGGUGAUACUAAAUAGUUUUAUCUGAGUUAAAGCAAAUUGUUUAUAAGAUUAAUGUUUUUUAAUUGUGUUUAUUUUAUUUUUAUCCUUAUCUCUAGUAAUUGUAUCCCAAGUUAUCUUCUGCUUUAUGUGAUAUAAGAAAGUCAAUAUAGCAUGAGCUGUGCAAACAUACAAAUUGAGUUGUAUGUUUUCCACUUUUACACCUUUCGAGAUGCAGUAUUUCUUUAUGAACAAUAAUCUCACAAAUAUGCUUAUUGCAAGGAAACUGUUUUUUCAACAGUUACCAAUAGAUACACACAACACAUUCACAUACACAUAUAAUAUUUGUUGGCUUAAAAAGACAAUAUAUUUUAUUUUUCUAUGAUAAUCGCGUCAUUGUUAGCUAUUUAAAGAGAAUUUAUAAAUCUGCUACUAAUCUUCUAAGUCGAAAAUGUGCAGAGUUACUAUUUAUUUUAGUAAAUAUCAAAUGUCUAUAUAUUUAAUGCAAAGCGAAUAGGAGCGAGUAUGUAGCAUUGUUUUGCGUUAUUGCUGUUACAAGAUCUAUCUUUAUUCGCCGUUAUGCUGGAGAGCAUAAUGAUACAUAAGAUCUCGCGAUAUAAAAAGCUCUUCCUUUUUCUCUAUCAAUAUAUAUCAUUAUAAGUGAUUAAUGUACCUCUUAGCCAAUGAGUGUGAUGAUACGUUAAAAGCAUGAAUCUAUGUUUCUAGUCUUCUCUACUGACACUAACGACAUUAUAUAUUAUUAUACAAAUAUACAUUAUCUAUAAGCCGCGUAAAAAAAGAAAAAAAAAAAACAAAAAAACAGAAUACUAUGAAAGGACAAUCUGUGUACAAAUAGACUAUUGGUAUAUAGCGAUUUGUAGUACAUGAUUGUGCAUAUUGUGUGUCCACAUCCCGGAAUAGGAAAUUAUCUGUCGAUUGAAUUAAAUUUAAUUCUAUUAUAUCGCAUUAAAAUUACAGUGUCUUUCCCUUGCAAUAUCCGUCUACUUAAAUUGUGAUUAAGCGAAUUAUACAAAAUAUUCUUACUAUUAUUUUUUCACUUCUACUAAAUCAAAAAAGAAAUCUUAGAGAAUGUAAAGAGAAAGAAAUAUAUACAUAUAUACAUAUAAAUUAUAUAGAUAUAAUGUAUUAUUAUUUUAUUAAAAUAAAUUAUUUAUUUUAUAAAGUA